CACACGCGCGAUGUCGACACACCCCAGGGUUCUGCUAUAAAUGCCGGGGUUGAUGCUCACAGAAAGGCACAGCACGAGGUCAACUCUUCACAAUUCCUUCCGACUCGUCAGCAAUCACUUCCGUCGCUUCAACAUGAGCUGCCCAUCGAAGAAGCCUGAAGACCUGGAGGCCAAGUUCAAGGCUUUGGACAAGGAUGGCAACAAAAGCCUGAGCAAGGCGGAGCUGAAGGCCGGACUCUCGGUCCUUGGACUCAGCGAGGCUCAACUGGACAGCUUCUACGUGGCAGCAGACAAGGACAAGGAUGGGAAGAUCAGUUGCAGCGAGUUCGUCAAAUACUUCCAGCAAAAGAAGUAAAGAGCGAUCGUGGAAGCUGAAAACCAACCACACGGCCCCGUGCACACUGCAACACUCGGUCACACACCAACAGGCGCGCAGACACACACACGAUGCACACUGUCACACCACCAACACGUGCAUACCACCAGCACGUGUUAGAAGCACACACCGACUCAGCACACACUUCCUUCACCACACGGAUAAAAUAUCGUACCCUAAACAAUGACAGUGCUUAGCACGAACAAUAUCUGUCAUAUGUGUAGUGUAAUGUAAUUGACAUCACAAAUGCAUAUUACUAUACUGUAGGAAAGGUAUCUCAGGCAUAUAUGUAUAGUCCAUAAAUACAUACGCAUAUGCAUUUGAUAAUAACAGAACACACACAAACGAUACAGAACCAUCUCAUAAGCUGUCUGGUUUUCACUAUUUCCUCUGGGGUUUCUGGUGAGGUGAUAUGAAUGAAUUGAGCUGGAAAUAAAAUUACAAUCUACCAGUG